AUGACGGAUUAUUUCUUAAAGUGGAUUGAAGCUGAAGCCUUCGUUCAGCUAAGAGACAAAGAGGUGGUCUCGUUUACCAAACAUAAUAUCUUGACCAGGUUUGGGAUCCUAGCUGAAAUCAUAUACGGCAAUGGAUCCCAAUUCAUAAGCAAAAGGACAAUAAACUUUUUCAAAAGUUGGGAAAUUAAAAUGAUAAUGUCCACUCAUGUUCAUCCCCAAGCUAAUGGUCAAGCAGAAUCCAUCAAUAAAAUCAUUGUAAACAACUUGAAGAAAAGGUUGGGUAAGAAGAAAGGAAGAUGGGCAGAAGAGCUUCGUUUUGUCAUAUGGGUAGAUAGGACUACUUCCAAAAUAACCACAGGCCAGACCCCUGACAAAAGCAAUGAUCCUUACCGAAGUAGUGAUCCCGACGGUAAGAUAUCUGCUCCAAAAUCAAUAAAACAAUAA